AUGGCUUUCUUCAGAAAUGCAAAGCAAUCACUUGGGGUCAUAUUAUACAACACUAGGUUGAGUAUGAGUACUUAUAGUCGGCAUGGAUACUCUACUUGGGUGACCAAAGGGGCCUCUCAUGCUCAGUCUACAGAUGCCAAAGCCUCAAAAACUGCAUAUUUGUAUUGGGUUUCGAGAAGAUUCAACUCUCAGGCAGCUUCUUCUGCUGAGCAAAUGGGCCUUAUAAAGCAACUAAGGGAAAGAACAAGUGCUCCCAUAAAGGAUGUCAAGGCUGCCCUUGUUGGUUGCAAUUGGGAUCUUGAGGCUGCACAGAAAGAAUUGAGGAAAAGAGGAAAAGUUUUGGCCAUGAAAAAGUCAAGGACUGCCACUGAGGGUCUGCUUGCUCUGGCUCAAAAUGAGGGCAAGGCUGCUGUGAUUGAACUUAAUUGCGAGACUGAUUUUGUUGCAAGGAAUGAAAUUUUUGAGUACUUGGCUUUGGCAUUGGCAAAGCAAGCUUUGCUGGUUGAAAACUCUUCCCAGCAGGUUCCUGGGGUUUUCUCGUUUGGACCUGAGUGUUUAGAGGACUUAAACAUAAACCUUGACCAUCCAAAAAUUAGUGGGGAAACAACCAUUCAAAAUGCAGUUACAGAAGUGGCUGCAAUGAUGGGAGAGAAUAUAAAACUCAGGAGGGGUUUUGUGAUGUCAGCAUCUUCACAUGGAGUUGUUUCUGCUUACCUCCAUAGAUGUCCUCAACCAGGCUUGGGUCGAAUCGCUGGAAUUUUAUCUCUUGAAGUUGAGGAUGAGAUUUCUCAAGUGGAUGCACUCCAGAAGGUUGGCUCUGAACUGGCAAUGCAUAUUGUGGCAGCAAAGCCAUUAUUCUUGACGAAGGAAUUUGUGAACUCUGAUGUGCUUAACAAUGAACGUGAGAUUCUAAAGUCUCAGGCUGAAAGUACUGGAAAGUCUCAGAUGGCCAUAGAGAAAAUGGUUGAAGGUCGUCUGCGUAAAUACUUUGAGGAGGUGGUUUUUAUGGAGCAAAAAUAUUUCUUAAAUGAUUCUUUAAGUCUCAAGACAAUUUUGGACAAUCUAUCAAAGGAAGUUGGCUCACCAGUGAAGAUUGGCAACUUUUUCAGAAUGGAAGUUGGAGAAGGAAUUCAAAGGCUCGAAUUGUCGAGUACAGAUGAACCAGUUGCACAAGCUGUUUAGCUCUAGACAUAGUUCCAUGGUUGCUUGCCUAACUAAACUGAGGGCAGCCAUCAUAGAGUUGAGAUUCCUAUUUAUACUAUAAUGAUUAUGGAGGCCUUUUCCUAUAUUAUUUUCUGCGUGACACAGAAUGCUGUUCUGUAUUCCUUUUUGUCCCUUCCAAGUUUUCUGGAUCUGACU